CUAGUGUAGUAUUUUCUAUUCCAAUAAUAUAAUAAAAUUGCAUACAUAUUCGAGCAGACGAUCGUAAACCAAGGUCGAAGGUCAUUUCAUUGGCAGUGUUCGCGUUUCAUGGUGCCAUUUAGCUGACGUUUACAUGAGGUGCUACGCAGCGCCUGGCACGGCCAGUCCGCUUACAUACUUGGUUUACUUACUGCUCUGCAAGAAGUAAAUAGAAAAUGAUAUAUGAUGGCAGAUAUGGCAGUUUCAAUCAAUUCGUUUUUACACUGUAGAGCUAAAUCGGACCGCAUCAAUGCUUUGAGGAAACAAUAUGACGCGUUUCUUGAAGAAGAUCAGAAACGGAAGAAACGUAAUGAAUACAUAUUGGGGAAGCUGGAUAAAAUGCGAACAACUACGGCCCUAGUGCCCGUGAGACAUAAGAUUGAUAGUCGCCCUUCUGAAGUGCGUGAUGUGGGUUACCAUCCAGAUAUGUCAUCGGGCCAUAAUUACCCAUCGUCGAUCACAACUAGAAAUUCCAUAUUCGCGGAUGUAGACACUAAUAAUGGGGAAUCAUAUUUGAUUCAAGAAAUUAGCAAGAAAUAUAUACUUAUUCCAAAACUUAGGUCUUCAUUCCAUGACAAAUAUGACAAUGGUAUACAACCUGUAAUACUUAAUCAAAGUCCAGAAAGGCUUCUUCCAAUGACGGAUAUUCCUGUUAAAGAGAGCACGGACGAAAAUGCCGAUUGGAAAAGUAAAUAUGAAAUUUUGAAUUUACUAAAGAAUGAAGGAAAGACGCCUGUUCAAUUAAGUACAAAAGUUGAAAGUGACUUACAAUCGAACAAAGAGAGUUUAAUGAAUAAUUUUCUCCGGGAACCUACUCAUGAUAAUAGCAAAAUAAAUACAGAUAGACAAGUGACAUCACAGGCAACGUUCUUUAGUGAAUUGCCGGGAAAAGAUGACUCGAAAGACAUGCUGAAAUAUGAUUCGAGUUUCCAUAUCGAGGACAAUAGUAUUAAGACCAUAAGCCCGCAUGAAAUAUCUGAUAGGACAGCAUAUGCCGUCAAAAAGGCAGCUGUUAUUAGUAAUGAUCCGAAAGACAACAUUGAUUACAAUUUAGAGCAACUUAAAUUAGAUUACACAAAUGCCGAUGAAUCGAAUGGUGAUGUCACCUGCAAUUCAAUCACGAAAAGUGAUAAUAAUGAAUUACAGCCCGAAAUAAAAUUGUAUGCAACCUCUACAGAAAUGGGUUUUCCACCAGUUGAAACGGCUAUUGAACAUUUCACAGAAAAUGCAAAAAUGGAAAGUAAUCCUGAAAUGACUGUAAAUGUCCCUCAGGAACAAGGUCCUAAAGAUUCAAUACCAUCUGUUGAGUUAGAUCAAACUAUCACGCCAGCUAUAGAUGUAACGGAAAUUAAACCUGAUUUAACUCAGUCUUCGCAGGAGCAAAGCGCAAUAAAACCAGAUGUUGGAAGCGUUCCAUUUAAUUCAGAAUACCCUGAGGUCCAAACUGUAAAAAUUCCCAAAGAAUUAGAUGAAAUAGGUGUACAAAAUGAACAAAAUAUAAAAGACGUCGUAGAAAAUACAAACUUAGAUGAUGUAACUGGAGCAAUUGAUGAAUUUAAUGCCGAGCAGGUGGAAAUGUUCUAUUCAGAGCCUACUGACACAAAUGUUACUAAUAUACAUAGUACGGAAAUGCCUGAACAACAGGAAAGUCAUGACUUUGACUAUUAUAAGGCUAUAGAACAAGAAGCAUAUACUACCGAAAUUAAUGAUGAAGUAGUGAGUGAGAAAUACGAUCCUGUUUACGAACAGCAGUAUCUUGAUGUUAAUCAAGAAUUAGAAAAUACGCAGUACGCCGAGGAUGUGGCGUACCAAGAGCAACAAGUGUACCAACAGCAGCAACAGUACGAGCAGCAGCAGCAGUACGAGCAGCAACUUUACGAACAACAACAGUAUGAGCAACAGUCUAUUCCACAAGAUUCUCAGAUGCCGCAAGACCCUCAGAUGCCGCAAGAUCCUCAAAUGCUGCAAGAAUACGCACAAUCACAGGAACAGGUAAAUUAUCAGCAAUAUGAACAACAAUACGACGUUCAAGAACUACAGCAAACUCUAGAUACUGAAGAUGGUUACGCGCAAGAACAGGAUCAACAGAACGUUGCGCAAUACCCAGAAGAAGCACCCGCUCCUGUUACGCAACCCGAUUCAACGGAUACCAGUCAGGCCGCAGCAAUAGCAUCCGAACAGGUGAAGCAUUGAUAUGACAUCUAUAUAUUUAUAAUAUAUCCCAUAUAUUUUCCCAUUUUAAAAUUUACUGUUUGUGACUUCAUUGCUUGCUGUUUUAUUAAUUGUUACUACGAAAAUUUACUAUAUGGCUGUAGAAAAGAUUGUAGAAUGCUAAACUAGUUCAUGUGAUUAUUAUGCAUUUUGUUCAAAACCCAAUGUUUGUCACACAUACUAUAAAUUCUUGUAAUUGUAUAACUAGAAUUAAAUCUACAUGCAAUGUUCCUACGAUAUGCUUGUAGCACUAUAAUAACAUAACAAAAUAUUAAUAAACUUAUUUUAAAUAA